AAAAAUCUCUCUCAUGGGCCUCUGGUCGUAUUUAUGACAAAAUCCAAAAAAGACUAGAGGAUAGUAGAUGGAGCAAUCUAUUUCUAAAAAUUCAAAAUCCUGAUGACCCUUCUGGCUCCAGGGGGAUUUUGUUUGAAUCACACGUACUUCACCUCAUUAAGGUUGGUGGUAAAACGUUUGAAUCGAGAAGACUUAAAGAAAAUAAGGUUCGGACCUCGGGGGUUCAGAGAAAAGAUGGGGAGCCACUUUAUGGUCCCAAACUUAAUAGAAGUAAUGUAAUUGCUUCCUGGGACGCCAUUAAGGCAAAAGAGAGUUUAUGUUAG